GCUGCCACUCUUCCCUCUGUCCUGUCGUUGAAGCUCGUCUUCGCCCUCGUACCCAUCAACGUCAUCUCGAGCGCUCCAACAACUCGCGUCUGUAUUCUACGACGGUGCGGACCGAGUCCUCGAGAAGAAGCAGAACAGCCUGAAGACACGCGAGGGCCAGCAACGUUAAAUGUCUCCUAGACGCCCAGGCGGCGAUCCUGACCCGCGAGCAGCCGCUGGGCUCGGACUUGCAGAACACUGGUUCGGACGACAUGUCGGCCUCCAUGACGAGGACGCCUGCGCCUUGUGAAUCCUCAUUUGGCGGACAGAGCCCACCCCUCGAGAUCUCCCUGGCGCGCCUUGACCCGGGCACCCAGAAGAAGCCGGCAUCUUUUGCCGGCAUUGUUGCAACACAUCGUGCCAGCCAGCAGGCUGUCAGUGAUCAAUCGGACGACUAUGACGAGAGCGCCAUCGACGAUGACGACUCGGACUCAGAUUGGCACUCGAUCAAGAGCAGCCAGUCCAGCCAAGACGACCGGAUAACAUUCACGCGUAUUCCUUCCAAGUCUGCCCUCACGUCUCAGCAAUCCCUUAUCAGCCUCAUGUUCGCGGGACAGCGCCAGGGUACUAAGGCCUCCAGCAGCCAUACGUCGCAGUCGACACGUGCGAUACCCCAACGUUCGCGGACUAUGCAGGCCAUAUCGACCAUGGCCAGGUCUCCCAACGACUCUGACGAGGAUCUCCAUAUGAAGAAGGGCAUACGCCCGCCUCAGCUGAAGCGCAUCAACGAGAUCCCUCGAUCCCCUGCACAGCCCAUCACCGCCCCUACGCAGCCUAUCCGCCCGCGUGCAAUCGUGCUCUCACCUCGCACCACACGCCUUAACAUGCUAGCGAAUGAGCUCACCGAGUCUCUUCGCCGCCAGCUGCUCUGGGAGAGGGAGCACAAGACCAAGACCGCGAAUGCUGUGCUCAAGAGGCGACACACUUCGCUCAACGUUGCUAACCUGAAGCAGUACCCCGAAAAGGUACAUAUGAACAAGGCGGCCGAUGAGCCCUCGACGAGCUGGAACCAGUAUUUCAACCGCGACACUCAGGGCGGCUACCACGCUCAAGGCUGGUAA